CAACAGUACACCCCCUAAUCCUCGGUUUGCACAGCCGUCGGCAACAUUACAAUUCAAGGCAACCCAAUCCGCACCUCUACUUAGUCCUUGGAAGCUUGCUGUAGGCAAUUGAGUGCGACCUACUGUGAAUUGUCCCCAAAGGCUAUGUUCACUUAUCGCUGAACACAAUUCCUACUAGCCGCCAAGGCUGACCCAGUUCGCAACACCAUUGCACGACUCGGAGCAUCCCCAGUUAGCAGAGCAUCGUUUUCCGUUUCGAGAGGAAGGUCUUGCUACGAAUGCAGUGCUGGCAAGCGCCUCUUGUUGGCGUCUUCGGGCAAGGACCAGCCCCAUGCCGGAGGCUCUGCCGGAGGCCAGGACUGCAGGCCUUCGCGAAGCUGAAAUACAAAACCAACAUAGCGCAAAACCACACCAAAAAGUCUAAUUUCGUAAGCAUUGACUAUGACCGCCUAUACUCACAGCCAUCGUACAAACCCGGGCGUCAGUAUGGGCCUUUAAAGCUGGUACAGCUGCCAGGUCGUGGUCGCGGCCUGGUCACCGACCGCUCCGUGCAAGCCGGCGAGACGCUGCUGCUGUGCGAGCCGGUGGGCGGGCGGGUGCUGGACGGACCCGCGGGUCGGGAGCCGCAGCCGGAGGAGCUGGCGGCGGCGCUGGAGGAGUGGCAGCGGGAGGGGAAGCUGGGGCCGGCGGACAGGGCCCGACUACGCCUGCUGUACGAGGGGCCCCCGGCCGACCCCUCCUCCCCCGCCCCCACCGCUGCCUGCCCCUCCCUGGAUGACUUCCGCAAGCUGGAGGACAAGCUGCGGCGGCAGGGGGCGCGGGACGGGGGGCCCAAGAAGGCCCGGGGGAAGGGUUUCGGAGCGGGGCCGGCAGGAGGAGCGGCGGGAGGAGCGGAGACGGGCAUUGACCUAGCCUCCCUGUCCGCCCCCCCGCUCUCCCCCUCCGAGCUGCGCCGGCUGGCCAAGUACGACAGCUGGGGCAACGCGUGGGGCGAGCUGGGGGCCGCGGGGCUGCGGGGGGAGGAGCUGGAGGCGGUGAUGGGCAUCUGGCCCGAGUUCUCCCUGCUCAACCACUCGUGUGCGCCCAACACAGUGGCCUUCACCGUGGGGUCCUGCAUGCUGGUGCAGGCAGUCCGCAAGCUGCCCCCCGGCGCCGAGGUGACCACCAGCUACCUGGCCGACCUGGCCCUGGCGCCGCUGCAGCAGCGCAGGCAGUGGCUGCAGGGGGCGUACGGCUUCACGUGCGCCUGCGAGAGGUGCCAGGCCGAGUCCUCGCUCCCCCCCGCCGUCACCGCCGCCGUCUCCGCCGCCUACUCCGCCGCCACCGCCCCCGCUGCCGUACAGCUGGCGGCGGAGGCGAGGGCGACUAGCGACCGGGGGGCCCUAUGCGAGCUGGAGGGGCAGCUGGCGGGGGCGGUGGAGGCGCUGGAGACGGCCAUGGAGGAGGCGGGGCUGGAGGGGGAGGUGCGCCAGUGGCUCCGCUGCUCCGCCUACCCCGCCUACCGCUCCCUCGCAGCCAUCAGGGACCUGCCUCCUCCUCCUCCGCAGCAGCAGCAGCAACACCAACCCUCCGACAGCGGCAGUAGCGAGAGGCGUAAGGCCCGACUGCCACUGGACAUGGCAAGAGCAGCGGGAGCAGCACCGGGAGCGGCAGCGGGGGAGGUAGGGGGCGUCUUCAGCGGGCUAGCCGGCUGGGCGGAGGCGGAGGUAGCUGCAGGGGGGCCGCAAGAGGCUGUCGGGGCUGCAGGCCUGGAUGCGGCAUUCGGCGGUAGUAGCGGUGACGGCAGCAGCAGCAGCAGUGGUGUCAUGUUUGGUGGUGGCAGCAGCACGAGUGCCGUACAACGACCCGAUCAGAUGCCGUACAGCGACCCGGAGGUUCCUGCGGACCUUGCUGGGAUAGUGGAGGCGGUGGUGGCAGCCUCCGACAUGCACUUCUACCUGGUGUACGAGGCCAUGUCCCGCGCUACGGAGCUCUACGGCCGCGACGACCCACGGGUCACCGAAGCCACCAAGCAUGUCAUCCGCGUGCUGCUCACGCGCUACGGCCGCCCCAGCGACAAGCUGCUGUUCCAGCUGCUGCGCUCCCGCAUGUGCGUGGGGCACUACCUGGGCGACGUAACCCAGCUGCCCCCGCCGCCGUCAUCAUCUGCGGAGUCAACACCUGGGGAUGGAGGGCUAGGACAGGGGCAUGGCGCGCUGUCGGCAGUGCCUCGUGACGCGGGUUCCGCGCUGGCUGCUCCGCUGCUGGGGUCGGGGGCGGCGGCGGCUGCCUCGCCGGCUCAGCUGAGGGGGGCUGCGGAGUGGGCGGCGGCGCAGGUGGCGGCGGUGGAGGAGCUGGCGGCGGGGAUGCGCGCGGACAGGGAGGAGGAGGAAGGGGCAGGAGAGGAGGAGGCGGAGUAGAGGUGGCAUUGGGCUUUUGACGUGGCAGUGCGGUCUGCUGACAUGAAGCAGCGCCAGUAAUAUGCCGAGUCGGAGUGUUGUCGUGGAGUGAUCAAGUGAUCAACAAAGGAAGAGUGUUCUCUUGGGGGACAGCUGCAGGGGAGGACGAGGUUUGAUGGCGUUUGCCGGUGAGGCUAGCUCGUGUAAAUUUUAACCGUGCGUCAUGUUAUCGGACGUGUUGAGACCAGCAAUCAAGGCAAACGGGGGCCACGGCGUUAGGUGUGUCGUAUUGGCGGUACAUACCAGUACGCCAUCAACUGGGUGUUCGUUAUGCAGGAUUCGCCUAAAUACCAGUACGCCAUCAACUGGGUGUUCGUUAUGCAGGAUUCGCCUAAGUCAAAGGGAAGGAUCUUUAUGCAAAAGAGGACUAAGGCUUGGUCAGCGGGGGUGUCGGCGGUGUGGUGACAUCAUGGCGGACAAUGCGAGACGGGACAUGAGGGGCUGCGAGCUGGCUGAAGCCAUGCUUUCGAGUCAGUUGGCGCAGGGUUGAAGCAUUCCAAUCUAAUGCAGG